UCCAUCCUGCGAGGGAGCAGAGGGAGUGGGCUGGAGACGCCCCUGCUGCUCCCGGCCGCUCCUCCCCGCACACCCCGGAGCCUGGGAGCUCACACUCCCAGCCGGGGAUGCAGGAGCCUUCCUGACACCAGUGACUCCACAAAGUCCUUUUCCUGACGUUUCGGAGGCUUUUUGGAGGAAAUUUUGAUGACCUCGUUUUCCAGGCAUCUAAAUAUCCAGAGGAACUGCUGAGAUGUUCCGAGAAGCCUUUUUUUCCACACUCUUUUGUGUGGCUCUAGUUCCUCUCCAUGCUCAGUUUGAUGGUGAUCCUGGAGAUGUCACUCCUACCUCCUGUACAGAAAAGAGGAACUGCCCCAUCAACGUGUACUUCAUCAUUGACACCUCGGAGAGUGUUGCUCUGCAGACUGUGCCUAUCCAGAGCCUCGUGGAUCAAAUAAAGCAGUUCAUCCCUGAGUUCAUCAAUAAACUGGAGAAUGAACUCUACCAGAACCAGGUCUACAUCACUUGGCAAUUUGGUGGCCUUCAUUACUCGGAUGUGGUGGAAAUUUACAGCCCUUUAACGAGCAGCAAAGACAUAUACCUCCCCAGGCUGUCUGCUAUUAACUACCUUGGCCGGGGCACCUUCACGGACUGCGCUAUCUCCAACAUGACAGAGCAGAUCCAGACCCAGAUGGCCUCAGGUGUGAAUUUUGCGGUAGUCAUCACUGAUGGCCACGUCACUGGCAGCCCCUGCGGGGGGAUGAAGAUGCAGGCUGAGAGGGCGCGAGACAUGGGGAUCAAGCUCUUCGCAGUGGCCCCCAGCAAGAACGUCUAUGAGCAGGGACUGCGGGAGAUCGCCAACCUGCCACAUGAGCUGUACCGCAACAACUACGCCAUCACGCAGAAAGACACUCUGAACAUUGAUGUGAACACCAUCGAGAGGAUAAUCCAAGUUAUGAAACACGAAGCCUACGGAGAGUGCUACAAGAUGAGCUGUCUGGAGAUUGCAGGUCCACCUGGUCCCAAGGGAUACCGAGGACAGAAGGGUGCAAAGGGAAACAUGGGUGAGCCAGGCUCCCCUGGGCUGAAGGGACGCCAGGGAGACCCAGGUAUUGAAGGUCCGAUCGGAUACCCUGGUCCCAAGGGUGUUCCAGGGCUGAAAGGAGAGAAGGGAGAGAUUGGAUCCGAUGGACGGAGGGGUGCUGCUGGUUUGGCAGGCAGGAACGGCACAGAUGGACAGAAGGGCAAGCUGGGGAGAAUUGGACCACCAGGCUGCAAGGGAGACCCCGGUGACAAGGGCCCUGAUGGCUACCCAGGAGAUGCAGGAGACCAAGGUGAAAGAGGAGAUGAAGGCAUAAAGGGAGAUCCUGGCCGGCCUGGUCGUAGCGGACCCCUAGGACCUCCAGGAGAAAAAGGAAGCCCGGGACUUCCAGGCAACCCUGGAGCUCAAGGGCCUGCUGGAAUUAAGGGAAGAAAAGGUGAAACAGGAUCUCCUGGACCCAAAGGAGAGCCUGGUCGACGUGGAGAUCCAGGGACGAAAGGCAGCAAAGGCACUCCUGGGGCCAAAGGAGAAAGGGGAGAUCCUGGUCCAGAGGGUCCUCGUGGCCUGCCUGGUGAGGUUGGAAGCAAAGGAGCAAGGGGAGACCAAGGACUGCCAGGACCCCGAGGCCCUUCAGGUGGUGUGGGAGAGCCAGGCAAGACCGGAUCACGUGGGGACCCUGGUGACUUGGGCCCAAGAGGUGACGCUGGACCACCAGGACCAAAGGGUGAUAGAGGCAGACCUGGCUUUAGCUACCCUGGACCCAGAGGACCGCAGGGUGACAAGGGUGAGAAGGGGCAACCGGGGCCCAAGGGAGGAAGAGGUGAGCUUGGACCAAAAGGAGUGCAAGGAACCAAAGGAGAGAAGGGGGAACCGGGUGAUCCUGGCCCAGGAGGUGAGCCCGGACCCCGUGGUCCAACUGGUGAAGCAGGCCCCGAGGGGACCCCUGGCCCACCAGGAGAUCCUGGCCUGACUGACUGUGACGUGAUGACCUAUGUGCGAGAGACGUGCGGAUGCUGUGACUGUGAGAAGCGCUGCGGUGCCCUGGAUAUCAUGUUUGUCAUAGACAGCUCGGAGAGUAUUGGCUACACCAACUUCACACUGGAGAAAAAUUUUGUUGUCAACGUGGUCAGUCGGCUGGGCUCUAUUGCCAAAGAUCCCAAGUCACAGACAGGUGCCCGUGUUGGGGUGGUGCAGUACAGUCACGAGGGGACCUUCGAAGCCAUCAAGCUUGAUGAUGAGCGCAUUGAUUCACUGUCAAGCUUCAAGGAAGCAGUGAAGCGCCUGGAGUGGAUUGCUGGAGGCACCUGGACACCAUCUGCCCUUCAGUUUGCCUACAACAAGCUCAUCAAGGAAAGCAGGCGAGAGAAAGCCCAAGUGUUUGCUGUGGUGAUCACAGAUGGGCGCUACGACCCCCGGGAUGAUGACAAGAAUUUAGGGGCUCUUUGCGGUAGAGAUGUGGUCGUCAACACCAUUGGCAUUGGAGACAUGUUUGAUCAGCCAGAACAGAGCGAGACUCUGGUCUCCAUCGCCUGCAAUGAACCCCAGCGAGUCCAGAAGAUGAGACUCUUCUCAGACCUGGUGGCAGAGGAAUUCAUUGACAAGAUGGAGGACGUGCUCUGCCCAGAUCCACAGAUCGUCUGCCCUGAGCUGCCCUGUCAGACAGAUGACAGGAACCCUGGGAACGUAAACCCACUUAUUUUCCGCCCCAUGGAAGAGGGAGUCAACAUAGAUUUCCCCAGCACCAUACAUUCGAUCGCCCAGUUCCUAAACUCCACGCGGGAAACCCAGGACCCCAGCGUGUACACCCAGCUGGUGGCCACUUUGGCCUUUACCGCCGAAAAAGCCAAGUUUGCCACUGGAAAUGAGCGGCAGGAGUGGAUGGACUUGUUCAUUGACACCUUCAAAAUGGUGCACAGUGAGAUCGUGGGGGACCCAGAAACCGUGCUAGGGCUUUGCUGACAUGUCAUUAGAGAUGGUGGAGGCAGAGAUUGAGUGGAGGUGGUAAUCAUCUUUCCUUGUGUGCCUGUUUGACAGAGGGGACAGGUACAUUCGUAGAUGCUUUUAGUUUAGGAGAAACACAGGCAGUGAAGCAGCUUGGUAGCGCUCAUUCGGGGCUGUGACACAAGGGGCAGUCCUAUCUGGCUUGGCUGGCUGAUGAGCAUGGCGACUUUCUCCAGCAAUGGCAAGAGAUGCUCUUGUUUUGCCCACUGCUUUUCUGCAGAAGAACUGCACUGCCUCAGUCUCUGAGCCAGCCACACUUCUCCCCUCCAGCCCUCCUGUACUCCCGCCCUGCUCCAGGAGGCUAGCGUGUCCCAGCCCUCAGCCACGCACGAGCACCAGGCUCCACCCUGGAUACUGCCAGCGCCCAUGUGGCUGAGGGCCAGAGUGAACCCCUCGUUUGCAGAGAGCCUAACGAUGUGCUUUUCCCCUGCCUUCCUACGUAUGUAUUUGCUGACCACUUCUAAAGCAUUUUCUGUGUCUUCUUGCUGGGUUACCGUGAGGGGUCUCUUCGGGUUCUGCAAACCAUUUGUGUGGCAAGACUGGCAAAGCAAGGGGCAUCUCCUCUCACCGCCGUGCGUGUCUCUGUACAACUAAUAAAUAGACAGCUGGGAAUAUUGAGGGGAAAGAGCAAACAGUACAGGAGAGGGGUCAACCCUGACUUUCCAUCGAGAGCACCAAAACCUGGGGAGUGCUUCUCUCAGAAUCUGUAUGAGCUUUCUCUGUCUUUUUCUCUGCUUCUACAUUUGUGUUUCUUCUGUCUUAAUUAGCAACACAUGCCUGUUUAUAUCCAAGAGGCAGACGUUAUAUAGGACCGGGCAGUCUAAAGCAAAAAUCCAUGACUGCACAGUAAAACCUCUGUGAUACAUUACGUGGACUAUUCAAAAGCAAGUAUUUAAACUUGUAGUAUAAACCAUUCAAUCCAUACCCAGUGCUAGUUUGGUUCAGAAAGACUAGAGACCCACCACUUGCUCUAUGGGUACGUGCGUUUAGAUGAGGAGUGAUAUUUCCAUGAGCUCAGCUGACCCUGAUUUUCACAAAAAGUCAGGCAGGUGAUUGUCAUUCCUGCCUCCAGAAUAACUACUACCCUUUCAAGCUGUAAGAAAAGAAAACGGCAUUUCAUGUGCAGACACAAGAGUAGAAGUGUUUACUGCCGGCAAGUGAAUUUUGCAGCCUCUCAAACUGACAUGGUAUUAUUGCAAUAAAGUAUACUGAGCAAAUGUCAUAUUUAAUGGGCAGAAGGGAGAUGUACCUUCAAAAAUGUGAUUGGGCUAUAAUGUUUCCAGGCGUGCAAAGUGGAGCCAGUUGCGAAGCUCAGACACGGGAAUUGGAAUGAGGAACUUGCCCACUUGGAACUUCUUGCAGUGUUUUCAACAUCUGGGGCUUGCCAGUCUAGGCUAGAAGCCGUCCGGUGAUGGGCAUGCAGGAGAGGUAUUUGUGUCACCCAGCACAUGAGCGGGUCAGACGAGCUGCACAAAAAUAGUCUUUCUCCCAAGGUUUCAGCAGUUUUUGUUCCCAGUCUAUAGGGACAGGGGGCUCAGAGAACUCCACCGUUGGUGUAUAAUGGAGGGAAAAUUGUUCAGAGGACUUUAAAUGGUGUACUUAGAGUUUCAGGGAAAGGCAAGAGGAUGAGGAUUUGCCUGUGUCUGAGUCCACAUGCUAGCGUCUUGUCACAAUCUACAUAUUCUAGGUAGUCUGUGCAAAGCCAACUCCCUACUCUGUUUUGGUUUUUACCCCAAAAGUAGUGUGUGAUCAGCCUGCUGGGAUGCAAGUAAGAAGACUGAAGUCAGAGUAGUUAAGCCGCUCCAGCCAUGAUGCUAGAGGAAAAGCACCAAAGAAACACUGAUCUGAAGAGAACAUCUCAGGGCGGGGACGUCUUGCUGAACAAGACAAGAAUUCAGCAAGACUUCAGCAAAGGGGGGUUAGACCUCAUCACAGGGGCUGUUUAUUUCAUUUCCUUCGGAAAUAUUUCCUGGCAAAGACUUACAACAUUGGAAACAAAGUUUUUACCUCUCAAAAACCUUCAGCUCAUUAUGGGAAAAAAAAAAAAGAGAGAGAAAAUGUCUCUUUGCCUGAGCAGUAUUUGCAUUGGCCCUUGUAAAAGAGAGGUAAGUGGGUGUAGUGGUGUUUUGCUAACAUAAUCCUGGGUAAUCCCUCUGACAAAACCAGAUAGAUUUCAUCGUUGCAGCAGCUCCUUCAGCAAAGCUCUUGGGUAAAGGAAGGACACAGAUCAGGGGGUGGUGAAGGGACAGUCCCACACCCUCAGAGCUAUGGAGAGGGGGGCUGUGUGGGUGUGGUGUGAAAGGGGUACCCCCAGAAAGUGCUGGGAGAUCAGUCCCGAUCUCCACUGUCAAUGCUGUGAAACAAUAGGGGAAACACAAGUUACCCAGGUUUUAGAAGAAGCCGGAACAUGAUGUGAAUGUGUGGGGUUACUUUGACAUGCCCGUAACUGUAUGGGUUGCUAAUGGCAGGAAAAUUGAUGGUAUUUCUGCUUUUUGUGCUAUCUCUGUUAGAUGUCCUCAGCUGUGUCCUAGUGCAUGGUAUGCAGUACAGUGAGCUGCAGGCGUUCGUGCCUUGCUGUAAGCUAAACGAGAAGGACUGGUGUUCCAAUUAUAAAAGCAUGAUGUGAAGAUUUCAGCUGGCCUGAUUCGUGGUGGUGCCUCUGAGAGCUUAUCUCCCAGUUAAGGAUGAGAAUCUUGUUCCUUGAUGCAGCAAAGGGCGCUCAGGUCCUCAGCCUCCCAGAAACAGGAACAAGCCACAACUGAAGCGUGACACUGAACAGGACAAACCCAAGGUUUUGCUGCGCUGCCUCGCAUAUGUUAUGUUCUCAUGGGAUAACUUAUAUGUAAAGGCGUCUUAUCACACAUUUUGAAGGCAAGACUCUCCAGCUGUGAGGGCUGAGCGGCAAUCAGAGUGUCUCUGGGGAGUGCUCCUGCAGUUGAGGCUGCCUCGAGAGCCAGACGUGUGUUAUGCUCUCACUGAAGCUCCAUGGAGUGAUGCUACUCAGCCCCGGUCUGCUUAACUAGGAGCUCUUAAGGUUUGCUUCAGGUCAUGCGGGAGGCGGGUGGAUCUUGCCUGUUGUUUCAAGCAACAUGACUACAUGUAGACAAGCAUUGGGGGAGACAGACUGGUAACACUUCUCCAACACGAUAUGCAGCCCUCACUCCCACCCGCUUGUUUCCACCUGCUUUUGCAGACCCUGCAUAGAUUUCAGACUGUGUGGUUGCAAGGGGCAUGCCUGCCUUCCUUUUCCUCUCUAUGACUGCACAGCGCAGGUGAGGACGGGGAGUGCAGGUACUGUCAAGGCAAAGUAUCCUUGUGGCAGCAGUACCUGCAUACCAGGAACUGCAGCACCAGCGUACCUUUAGACAACAUUUCUCAAGGAAGGUUGGGCAGAGGUGAGUAUUUACCUUUAUUGCUGUAAAGGAGUGGAGUUUCACAGUUGAAUUUUGAAAUGUGAUAUUCAAAAAGCUCAUGGGGGAAAAAAGCAUCGCUUGGAGAUUGGUUUCUACUGCAGUCAGAACUGGCAUUGCAGAAGCCUGUUGUUCAUAGUAAGAUAAUAUACAGUAAGCACCAUUCACAGAAUCACAGAACGGCAGGGCUGGAAGGGACCUCUGGAGAUCAUCUAGUCCAACGCCCUGCCAGAGCAGGGUCACCUUAGAGCAGGUUGCACAGGAACGUGUCCAGGUGGGGUUUGAAUGUCUCCAGAGAUGGAGACUCCACCACCUCUCUGGGCAUCUUGUUCCAGUGCUCUGCCACCCACAAAGAAAAGAAGUUCCUCCUCAUGUUUAGGUGGAACUUCCUAUGUUCAAGUUUGUGCCCAUUACCUGUUGUCCUGUCACUGGACACCACUGAAAAGAGCCUGGCCCCAUCCUCCUGACACCCACCCUUUCAGUAUUUAUAAGCAUUGAUAAGAUCCCCCCUCAGUCAUCUUUUUUCCAGACUGAAGAGACCCAAAUCUCGCAGCCUUUCUUCAUAAGAGAGAUGUUCCAGUCCCCUAAUCAUCUUCAUAGCCCUUUGCUGUCCCCUCUCCAGAAGUUCAAGGCAUGCUAUUGUUGUAGAUAUGUUUUACAGUGUGGGCUAAGGAGAAAUGCUAAUCUACAAGGUAUGGGAACAUGAUACAGAACCAACCACAGACUUUUGCGAUGUCCAAUGAGCUAGGUUAAACCACAAGUACCAGCAGAAGUUCCUAUAUCAGGUUUGACUGUUUUAUCAUGGAUGGAAGUGAUGCCAAAUAGUCUGCAAAUUCAACGAUCAGAGCUCCUGCUACGCUAUCUUGUGCUGUUGGAUACUGUCUCUGUAGUCUCAAGAGUGCAUGGGUCUAUUUUGCUUAAAAUAUAACUUCACUGUUUGCCGAAUGUUGACUAUACACACAGCACUAAUGUACUAAACAGUGAUCUGUUUGUUGCUCAGCUCAUACAAGGAGUUACGCCGGAUCAGCACCCUGCCAUGUUGAAUCCGGGUGUAACAGCAUUCGGCACUGAGGGAGCACUUUGUCAAGUUGGAUUUGCUCACAGUACGGAAAUUCAACCUACUGUGGUACUCCUAUCCCAAAAGUUACCCCUCAUUGCCAGAAAUGGUCGCUCAAGCUGGGCCACUCCAGAAUCUCCUAUUCCUUGCCAAGUCAUGCUACACAACAUGACAUUGGCUCCAGUACUUCACCCUUUUGAGAUUCAGUCUUAGAGCCAAAGAAUUGCUUGACAGUGAUGUGGCCAUUGCCCUGCCCACUCAGGGGGUGGCAAGCCACGGCACGUACAUUACAAGUCAAUACUGCUGUUGCAAUCAUAUUCCUGGCUAGUGCUUUCAGCAGAAAAAGAAACUCAAAGAAGAAGAAAAUUCAAUAGUACUGUAAUGUAAGUGUUUCUUGGAGUAGCAUUGCAUGCAGAGGAACACCAAAGGCAAUAUGUAUAACUACUGCAAAGGAACAAAAUAAUGGUCCCUAACUAACAGCUGUUUCCAAAGAUUGCUAUUUUCUUCUCCCUUUUUUUUCUGAAUUCAUUCACUGUCUAUAUUUAUAUGCCAACAUGCCCACUUUGUGGACAAGUGCUGUUCUGACUGACUGAAGAACAAUGUCCCACUGUGUUUCACUUGAAUAUUGGUCUGUUAUAUAUUACAAAAGCUGCUUUAAGUACAGGUUCAUCAGCAAGGAUAGUCUUGUUUUCCAACCAUAUGACCUAACCUUGAUAAACUCUUCAGGAAUUAGUGAUUGCUGAUUAAACUAAUCCGGGUGAAAGCUAUGAAUAUGGCUUUUGUCCUACAAACCUAUGUGUGAAGAGUAACUCUGAAAGUAAACCACUCUCUAGAAGCAACUGAGAGGUUUGCAGACACUGACUGACAUCGAUCUCUGAAUAUUCCUGUUACAGAUAAGAGCUGGACAUUGCUGUAAAAAGGUGAAUGUAAUUCUGGGUCUGAAAUGUACAAACCUGUCUAAUCUCAUGGGUGCUUGUGGAGGUCUGUCAUAGGCCUCAGAAUUAACAUUCUUUAAGACAUAGUGCCCAGGAGGUGAGGGAAUCAGAAGCAAAGCUCCUACAUUACCAGCUGCAAAGGCAGGCUUUGGCAGCAGCGUGGGGCUGGUCCUUCUUUGGACAAAGAUGCACGGAGGUGACUCCAGCCCAAACUGCCCAGGGCAAGCUCCAACCUUAUCGUGUAGGCUUUC